UUAUUUUACGCUCGAUCUUCUCUUCUCGCUGCGCAAAAUAAAAGCACGAUUUACUUGCUUUUAUUUUUGUAAAAUAAAUAUAAUUUUUUUAUUUAUUUGAUCUUUAUAAUUCCGGUUGUAAUUGAAGAAGAUCACGAAUUCUCACGCGUUUGGGAAAGUUUGGGAAAAUUUCGGGUUUCGCAUUUGUUUUUGUUUGGUCGUGAAUGGAAAGAUAGUCGGAACUGGAAUAAGGAGAGGUAAAAAGUAUAUAGCUGAGUUUCCAUUUCAUUUCGAAGAUGCUGUAUUUGAAGCAGCCAAACUCCAUUUUAUGCAAAGGAGGAGCGAUUGUGAUUUGGCAAGAAUAAGGUAAUUCCGGAAUAAGUUUUGUAUAUUUUCUCUCAAACGGAAACAAGAAAUUAAAGAAAAAAAUCCGUCCUUAGUGCAUGCUCUUUUGAUAAAUUCCCUGAGCCUGGGGCUCGGGGAGAUCUGAAGCCAGAAAUUGAAGACGAAAAAAAUAAAAAGCUUAUCAUGGAAUCAUCCGCAGCAGAAAAUUGUAAUGAUGUUAACAAUAAUGAGAGCUCCUCCCAAUCUCAAACUUCUACGUGUAUGCAGAAAUUCAGACUCUACGAAACUCGAUCGAACUUUUAUAUGAUUGGAAGGGAUAAGAGUAGAACUUAUUGGAGAGUGUUAAAGAUUGACCGGCUUGAUCCUACUGAGCUCAACAUUCGCGAAGAUUCUACCUCAUAUACGGAGGGUGAAUGUUUUGAAUUGUUGAGGCGAAUACAUGAAGGAAAUAAAUCCACUGGUGGAUUGAAAUUCGUUACGGUCUGUUAUGGAAUUGUCGGAUUUAUUAAAUUUUUGGGGCCUUACUAUAUGCUGCUUAUUACAAAACGAAGACAGAUUGGUGCAAUUUGUGGUCACAAUGUCUAUGCGGUUUCAAAGUGUGAGAUGAUUCCCCUCCCAAAUUCAACUGUUAACUCAAGCCUUGCUGACUCUAAGAAUGAGAACAGAUACAAGAAGCUCCUAUGCACUGUGGAUCUUACACAGAACUUCUUCUUUAGCUAUUCAUACCAUGUAAUGUGUAGUCUUCAAGAAAACUUGUAUAAUAGUGAACCAGACCAGGUUGCUUAUGAAACCAUGUUUGUUUGGAAUGAGUUCCUGACCCGAGGGAUCCGCAAUCACCUUCAGAAUACUCUAUGGACGGUUGCAUUGGUGUAUGGCUUCUUUCAGCAGGCCACACUUUCUGUAUCUGGACGGGAUUUCAAACUUACGCUCAUUGCGAGACGAUCCCGUCACUAUGCAGGUACCAGGUAUCUGAAACGAGGAGUAGAUGAAAAAGGCAGAGUAGCCAAUGAUGUUGAGACAGAGCAGAUUGUCUUUGAGGAUGUCCCUGAUGGGCUUCCCACACAAAUAACUUCCAUUGUCCAGAACCGAGGCUCAAUCCCACUCUUUUGGUCACAAGAAACCUCACGAUUGAAUAUUAAACCAGAUAUCAUACUGUCAAAGAAGGACCAAAAUUAUGAAGCAACCAGACUUCAUUUCGAAAAUCUUGUCGAGAGAUAUGGCAAGCCUAUAAUUAUUUUGAAUUUGAUUAAGACACAAGAGAAGAAGCCUCGAGAAUCCAUUCUUCGUCAAGAGUUUGCAAAUGCAAUUGAUUUUAUCAAUAAAGAUUUGUCGAAAGAGAAUCAAUUGAGGUUCCUUCACUGGGAUCUGCACAAACAUUCUCGGGGAAAAGCGACAAAUGUUUUACUCUUUUUGGGCAAAAUGGCUGCAUAUGUAUUAACGCUAACAGAUUUUUUUUAUUGUCGGGUGACAUCAGCCUUGAGACCUGAGGAGUGCAUGGCAUGGCCUUAUUCUGAGAAUAUCGGUGAUGGUGACAUGUCACCCACAAAAUAUUGCAACAAUGUUAAUGAGGAUGCUAACAGAUUAGAGGGGAAUUAUUCUGGAGAUAAUAAUGUUGCUAAUGGAAAUCAUUCUGUCAAGCCUCCCACAAUCCAAAGAGGUGUGCUCAGGACCAACUGUAUAGACUGUCUGGAUCGCACAAAUGUUGCGCAGUAUGCAUAUGGAUUGGCUGCUCUUGGACACCAGCUUCAUGCUUUAGGGAUUAAAGAUACCACAGAGAUAGACCUAGAUGAUCCUUUGGCAGAUGAAUUAAUGGAUUUGUAUGAGAGAAUGGGUGACACACUUGCACACCAAUAUGGUGGCUCAGCAGCUCAUCAUAAGAUAUUCUCCGAGAGAAGGGGUCACUGGAGAGCAGCAACCCAGUCCCAGGAGUUCUUUAGAACUCUUCAACGAUAUUAUAGCAAUGCAUAUAUGGAUGCAGAGAAACAAGAUGCAAUUAAUGUAUUCCUUGGGCAUUUCCAGCCCCAGCCUGGUAAACCUGCACUUUGGGAGUUGGGUUCAGAUCAGCAUUAUAGGGGAAGAAAUGGGCUAACAAUUGUGGAUGAAGAUGGAAGGUCGCUUUUCAAAAGAUCCUUUUCUGAUGGAAACAUUCUUCGUCAAACGGGGUCACCUAUGUCAGCCACAAAUGACAAGCAAGAGAAAUUUACCAAUUCAACUUUGCCUGACCGAUCACAGGGAGGAAGUAAUGGCCUUUCAGAUUCAUCACCUGAGAUAUCAACUUGUGAAAGUGAUAUAUCAUAUUCAAGGUGUACGCCCUCAAUGCCUCGAAGGCAGCUGUUUGGAGACAUGCAAAGAGAUCACUGUCUUGAAACUGAUCACAUUUUCUUCUAUGAACAUGGGGAUGCAUUCAAUUGCUCUAACUUUGUUGACCUAGACUGGCUUUCAUCAUCCGGAAAUUCGUGCGAGGAUGAACCAUUUGAGAGUAGUGCAAUAACCGCCAACAAGGUUGUACAAACACAGAAAGGGUGCUGCUCUUUCACAACUUGUUCUGUAAGGUUGUACAUGGAAGUUAUUUGCAGGUCAUCAGUCCUUACGAGCUCUCCAGUUGCUGGACUUUCAUCGGAGAAUGUUGUCAAUGGAAUUUUGGGAGAAACAACCCCAUCCUCUAGCGAAUAUGGAUCAAGUAUGAAGGGAAGGCAGCAGACAGGAACUGAGCUAUCCUUUGCUAAUUCGCAGAAUUCGAAUGUCCUCGAGGAAUUCUCUGAUAGUUUUGUGCAGUGGGUAAACCAUGGAGAGAUGCUUUGCCAUUAAAGUUUUGCUUGUUUUCCUCAAUUUGAUGGCAUAUAUGCCCAUGGCUCUAUCGAUUCAAUCUGCUGAAACUGAUGCAAUCCAUCAACUAGGCCAAUCUAGGUAGCAAAAAAUCAGGGGAGAAGCGGAAGAAGCAUUUGUACUGGCACUCUUAUGUAAGAUAUCUACAAGCAGUCGUUUUGGCCCCCAUGUAUGACUACGGCAUUGAUUCCUUGUUGAAAAAGCCUCAACCAGAAACUGAUACUCGUACAAAAGAGUAAAUAGUCAACAGUUUUAAAAAAAAAAAUUAUUCUUUUUUUUGGAGCUCAUCCUUUUUUCUAAUUCCUUCAUCGGACGUCGUAGGCUUCAGUAUUGUAAAUAUUUUCUUCCUCAGCUUUUCUAAGAGCUCCACUUGUAGGAUUUCAGGUCAUUGAUUCUUUCAUUUCCUUUCAAGUUUAUCCAGACGUUGCAGUUUAAAAGUAUUUGGAGGAAUGACCAGUGUUAGGACUCGUGUUCCCUUUAUUUUUCAGCCGUGUUUUAUUUUUUAAGCCUUGUUUCAAUAGUGGGGUUUUCUUUUGUGGUCUAUUAUAAGUAGCGUAAAACCUUCUAGGCAGUGGCUUAGCCUUAAUUACUUAAUGGUUGCCAGCUUAUUUUAAGAUCAUCUCUUCCAUUUUCUAUUA